GGAAAAAGCUGUGUGGGUUCGUGCCAACCCAUCCCGGCUUCUUCUUUUUUGGUGGUCUUCAUUGCAUCUCCCCUGCGCCGCUUCUGCCUCACUUUCGGCCCGUCGACAAUAUUUCGCCAAACGAGUCGUCGGCGUCUACUCUUUCACCCAAAUCCCUCCCUGUUUUUUCCUGCCCUUUCAUUUUUCUUCGUGUUGCUCAGGCAUCUGCCUUGACUGCUAGCCGCGAGCGACGAGUGUUGCCGCCGCCUCCAACUGGCGUCUGAUCCCAGCCCAAUUUUCCAUGUUUCCCUACCCCAUAUUCCCAAUUGUUCGCCAGUAGGUAGACAGCUCUGGACUCGGCUGGCUCAAUGGACACCUCGAUGGAUCCGUCCAUGGACUUUUCCAUGGACUCAACGGACCCUGCGGAUGCCCCUUUCAGUCAGAAAGGAUCACAGUCUGCUGCCCCAGUCCCGACUAGUCCGGCAGCACUGGACGACCAUGGGUCGGACGUGAGCAGCUCCGAUGACGAGAGCUCAUCGGAUGCUAUGACGGAUGACUCUGACCAGGAUGGAAGCCACGACAACAACCACGACCGCAGUUCGUCUUCUCGACAAAUUCGAUCCGACCAUGCCGCGACGGCGCCCAACCCACAUGCAGCCCGUCACGACACCCGGGACGCCAUCUCGAGAAAACGAAAAGCCCAGAGCGGCCAGCACCAUGACGACACAUCUGCCGCAGGAACACAGAAAGGAGAGGCUGGCGCUGGCUUGCAGCAGGCCAAAAAGGUGAAGCUCAAUGGUGAUGAGGGAGCUGUUGUCUCUGCCGACAGGAGUCACGUCCCACGCGACAGAUCCCUUCUCCCUGCCGAGAUUUGGCAUUGCAUAUUCACUUUCUGCCCUCCCAAAUCCCUUGGGAAUCUCAUGAGUGUCAACAAGUCGUUCCACUCAUAUCUCGACCCAUCUCUUGGACCGUCCUCUGUCCCCGAGCGGCGGCCCGCCUGCUCGGGCGGCGCUGCCAUCUUGAAGCCAAAUGCCAUCUGGCAGGCUUCAAGACGCCUCUACUGGCCUUGCAUGCCGACUCCUCUCAAAUCCAAGACUGAGCUGGACAUGUGGAAGCUGGCGUGCUCCAUCUCGUGUCAAGACUGUGGCAAACCGGGUAACCCAGCUAAUGUGGUUUCCGGUGAGGCUUGUGCCAAUGGCCCUGGCAUGGAUGGAGUCGCCAUCGUGUGGUCUUUUUCAGCUUGUCUUUGUGGGCCAUGUCUACUCGGCAAGUCCGUCAAGGAGAUCGAUCUUCUGCUGUCGUCAUCUACACCUUCGAUGUUGAUGCCUGCAAUCCCCUUUGUGCUCCUGACCGACAAGCUUCAUGUGCUCACCUCGAGCUUGGCCGAGCGUGGUCAACUGCCCAAGGACACCCAACUCACGAAGGUGUUUUGGAGGCCUGGCGUCGAGAGUGUGAAGCAGGAGUUCCUGUCCGUCAAGGGGAUGGGCGUCGCCACCACAGAGGAAUGGCUCAAGGGGCUAGAAGUCCGUGGGACUGAACACCAGCAAGACUCGUCCAGAUGGGAAAAGUACGCCAUCUCGGGGGGUAUCACCAGGAUGAGGCGUGUGCUCUAUCCUGGAUAUGAUCCAAAGUCCCUCGCAUCGGUGAUCCCGACUUCGGCCAAAGCAACUCCGCCCUUGCUCUCCUGUGAUGGCUCCAACGUGACAAUACCACAUGUUUCGGCUUCCAACUUUGUGACCGGGGUACCCUCACUGCCGCCGCGCGCUCCUAUGUCAGCUCGCCAUGAACGCACCCGGGAAGAGGUCGCGGAGCUAAAGGCUACGCGAAAGGCCGAGAUUGAACGAAAGGCCAUGCUUCUUGACCCUCCAAUGCGGCCAAGUCUUCUGCUUCAUAUGCCUUCGUUCCAGGCAGCCACGCAACUCAUCACGCCGUUGGAUGACAAUGCCUGGGAGCUUCUGAAGCCGCGACUACUAGCUCAGAGACAAGAUGCCGAGAAGCGUGAGAAAGAGGCUGCUUUGCAAGCUAGUCUCCAAGAGCAGAUGGCGGAGCAGAACACGACUUCGGAUGCCAGCAAGGAAAAGGAGCCUUCAGAUCACGAUUGGGACGAGAUCCAAGGUCCCCUUCGUGGCCGUAUCUCUCGCCAUGCAGAUGAGGUGAUCCGCAAGAACUGGGACGAUGGCGACAAGGUCACCAAGGACACAUGUGCAGACUUCGCUGCCGACGUGCUCCUCUAUGUCCGAAAGCACUUCUACGCGGACGUGGCAAGAGACGCAGAUGUCGCCCGAGCCAGCGGCAAAGAGCCCAUCGUGGAUCCUCCCAAGGGACCUUUCACGCAAAAACUGACGCUGGAGAACAUGAAGUGGAUCUUUGAUGUCAAGAUUAAGCCUCAUACCGAGUCUUUGCGGAAGGAGCUGUUUCUCUGCAGCGCAUGUCAGGGAAAUUUCAAGUACUACGGAUUUGAGGGUGUUGUGCAGCAUUACGCCGCCAAACACACGAGCGCGCUGAGUGCCGGAAACGUCGUCGUUCAUUGGCGCGCCGAGUGGCCUGAAGCCUCACCAUUUAGCCCCGAUCCCCGGGCCGUCAAGCAAGCCUACCACCAGGCCCGACACGCUAUCUAUCGCCAAGAGAACGGCAAUCCGCAAUAUCCGUACGGCUCGUACCCUGGUGCGCCGCCUCAGCCAUAUCUCCCGCAGCCACCGGCACCAUACCAGGCCCCUCCUGUCCCUGCUCCAUACGGGGCUUCUCAGCCAUACCCUGAGCAAUUCGGUGCCGUUCCACCACAGACAUAUCCACCUCCAGGUGGCUACCCGCAACCGCAGCCGGGCUAUGGACAAGCUCCCUACCAUGCCGCCCCGGCUCCUUACCAGCAGUUUCCACCACCUCCAGCUCCGGCCACUUCGUACCCGCCUUCGAGCUAUGGGGCUCCCGUUCCAGGCCCUGUCACUCCCGCGGCUCAAGCAGGCCCGCCACCGCCUCCGUCUGGCGCAUACGGCUACAAUUAUAGCUCUUUUCAGGGCAACGCCAGCUAUGCCCACACUGGCGGCCAGGCUGCUCCGUUUCCUGACCGCUACCGCGCGCAGCUCGAGGAGAUGGCAAAGCUUUCGCGGGAGCUGUGGAGCUCCACGGCAAACUUGAAGGAUCUUCCUGGGAGUGCGCGGCUGCAGGUCAUAAUCUAUCACAUGGCGAAGCGCUUCUACGGCAAAUUCUCGGAGCCGCCCCCACUCACCAUGUUCAUUGACGGGUUGUCCAACAACAAGGACAUGCGUCCCGUUCGCAACGUCAACGGCCUGAUGUGUAAGGCGUGUCACUCUGGCCUGGUCAACCCGCCCGCAACGGAACAGGAUCGCAAGUCUUUUUCCAUGCCGCAGCUCGCAAAUCACUUUCAGAGCAGGCAUGUUGAGCCGGCAGUGAACUUGGGACAGUACGUGCCCGUUCCCGACUGGGCCUCAGGCAUGAUUCUUGUCCCCGACUUCUCUAGCCAGUCGAGCUUCCGCAAGCCCGCUGCUGGGGGAGGCGAUAGUCAAAAGUAUCAACUUCUCAGCGAGGCACUUCCUCACUUCUUCCAGCCCGCGCCGCAUCAGGGUGCACCCUCCCAAGCCCCCGACGACACACAGUGGCCACCAAAACCAGAGUACCCUACUCACUCACAGCUCCCCACGUCGGCCGACCACCAUGAACGGUUCUACGGAUCAGCCGGCCCGGGUACUGGGGCGACAGAAAAUAUGCAGUUACAUGCGACAAAUGGCCAUGGUAAUGGGCUCCCCAAAGCACAGAGUGGAGGGUACUAUCCGCAACUUAGCCAACAGGAACAAAACGGCAAGAACAAAAAGAAGAAGCAAGGAGCGAAGGGGCAAAAUGGCGCCAGUAUGUCUCGCAAGGGACUCGACGACAGGGUCCCCCGUACACGGACCAACGAGCUCAGCGAGCGCGAGUUCAAAGACGAUGAAGAGCAGGAGCGGCGACAAGAGGAGGAGAUACGUGCCAUGUGGGCUGCCGAUCGUGCACAGACCGCUCGCCUGCCGUCGGUUCCUCCUGUGACACAACCCGGCAACGGCCCGGCUGGCGCUGUCCGAGUCUCGGGUAGACACAUGGAGCCGAUGACGGAGGCUCCACAGGCGAGAGUCGGACCUCCGCCAAGACAGAUAAAAGAAGAGAGCCUGCCGUCAAUGUCUCGAAUUCAGGCGCCCCUAAAAACAGCUUACCAGCCACAGCCGCCCAUCUACCACCCAUCAGACCAUCAACCACCUAACGCAUCUGACCGUGAAGGCUCAGACCCACUGGCGGCCUUGGAGCUGUAUCUCGAUCAAGAACGCAACAGGACGUCUGCAGACUCGCGCCAACAGCCCACUCCGCGGCCAGGAUAUGGCGACGAUCGCCAUCGAGCCAUGUCUCGAGAUCCUCAUGGGAGCCAGAUACCGUCCCAGGACAAUUACCGCCACCGGUACAGCACUGCUGGGGCCGAGGGGAGCCGCCGUCGAUCACUAUCGCCCGUCUAUGUCAGAUAUGUCGACCAAGGCCCUCCAGCAGACAAAUAUCGCGAGCGGAGUCCACCACCGCCACUCCACGGUGAGCCACUAUACCGCGCGCGACAGGCACCUGCGUUGGAAGAGGUCAUUUACGGGAGGGCACCUCCUCGCGAGUACUAUGAAAUCCUCGGCGAAGAACCAAGGCCGCGGCAGGUUGAGUACGAAGCGUACGAGCUUGUGAAGGCUCGAGACUCUCAGGGCGAGUACUACAUCAGGCGUCCGGUCCGGCGGCAACCGGAGAUCGAAGGAUAUUACAAUUCUUCUCAUCAGGCCGGCCCCUACUCCGCUAGCGGGCCCGCUCGACGUGAAGUAUCAUAUGCUCCAUAUGAACAAAGGGCCCGCUACCCGUCUCGACAGCCGCAGCCGUCUUAUGAUGGCCGAGAGCCGGUGACUUCUAGAGCCGCAGAGCCAGGCCCAAUGUCACGAGCAGAUGCAGCAUACUACGAGGAGUAUGACCCACACUACCCAGCAACGGCACACCCACCUCCGGGACCCAUUGCGCGCCCGGAGAGGUAUCGCUGAAUACCGCAUUCGGAUGAUUCCUGCUGGGGCAAGCUUUGUAUUGUUACUCGCGAUGACUAAAAAUGGCCGGUACGGUCGGAGUCUGGCUUAGAUAGCAAGGACGCCCUCGUCACAUGAUAAGGAUGGAGGGGAAUGACUGGAGCGAUACUACGGUUGGGUCGUUUGGUUGAUGAACGAUAAC